GAGAGGUUAAACGGUAGCACGCUCAGUGCCACACGCUGAUAAUUUACUAGAUCCAUGUAAACACUGCCGUACAGAUUUUCAACCACUCUAACUGUACUGUUUUUAAUGGUGACCCAUUGAGUGAGAUGCAGAUGGUGAGCAACUGAUGUUAAGGUUUGGCUACCGGCAAGGAGAAAGUAAGGAGAAAUGGAGGAAGAGUCAAACAAAGAUUCAUCUCAAGGCACAGUUUUGAGGAAGGCUCAUCAAAAGUCUGAAACCAAGCGAUACAGUGAGAUCUUCAGAGAAUUUGAUAAUCUUGAACUCUCUUUCAUCUCUUCUGAUGCAGAGGAUCUGCUGGCAGAUAGUGACUCCCAGUCCAUCUCAGAAUUCAGCUCUGCAGAAGGUGCAGACAUCACAGAGCAAAAUGAGCAAAAUUGUGAAGAUACACUUUGCUCACAGAAUCGUGCUGAGGCCAAUGAGGUGGAUGGAAACCAAACAGCCCAAGAAGCAGACUUGGCCCUUUGUCGCUGUGAGGAUGGAGUGGAGACGGCACUGCAGUACGCCAAGAUAUGGUGCCGCUAUGCCAAAGACCUUCUUAACUGGAUGGAGAAAAGAAUAAGCUUGGAACAAGAGUUUGCAAAAAAUGUGAUGAAGACGGCUGAAGGUGCAAAGGCCAAUGUGGCUCAGCAGGAAAUGAUGCCACUACAGUACAUCUACACCAUGGCUCUGGAGCAAGAUAUCAAGAACAGUGUAUCCUCCAGAAGAACUGUUGAAAUGAUACAAAGCCGAUGCUACCAGGCUUUGGCUGCCAAGAAGAAUGAGAUUGAUAAGUGGCGCAGAGAGUUUAAAGAGCAGUGGGCAAGGGAACAAAGGAGGAUGAAUGAAGCUGUGACUGCACUAAAAAAGACAAAACAUCAGUAUUUCCAGCGCAGUGAAGAACUGGAAAAGGCUAAAGCAAUUUCAGCUAAAGCUGUGGAUGACACAGCUGGAACUAAAACACUGGAUAAGAGAAGGAAGUCCAAAGAUGAAGCCCAGACUAAGGCAGUGGAGGCAGAGGUUCUGUACAGACAAUGUGUGAGUGACGCCAAGAUCCACCAAGAUGAAUUAGUGAAGGUUAAAGAAAGAAUUAUUUCUCACAUUCGAAAGCUCAUCUGUCAAGGAGACACUGUGCUUAAGGAGGCCACAGUCAACAUGUUCUACUACCAGCGACAGCAGACAGAGCCUGUUCCCCUCGGCUACCACAACCUGGAGUUGACAUGCAGGUCCCUGGAGCCAGGGGAGCCCUAUCUGCUUUACAUCCUCAGCAGGCGUCGUCCUGAGCAGACUCUCCAAACCUUUCUUUUCCAAGAGUAUAUUCCUCAGGGCAAAAGCAAACGAAAGAUCAGCAACACCCUCAGCUCUGUGCAGGACCAUGUAGUCAUGACAGAUGAUAUCGCUUGCAGACGACUCAGUGAUGGCAAGAAAAUGGGACACAGUGAUAAUGAGAGUAUUGGAGGCAGUAUGGAAUCAUUAUCCAGUCCAGCUUACAGGAGGCUCCCCAAAACAGCAUCUACAAUGACAGUGUCAUCAGAUGAUCUAGAUGACCGAGAUGUAGGGUCAGAAUCAGAAUGCACUGAUGGCCAGUCUGUAAAAGCUCGAAUGAUUUCUCGAGCUGCACUGACACACAGACUCAGGAAAAUGAAGAGCAAGAUGGUUAAAUGCAAGCAGUGUGAUAACUACAUUGUUGUCAGUGGGAUUGAAUGUGAGGAGUGCGGCCUAGCUUUGCACAGGAAGUGCAUGGAGGUGUGUCAGCUAGAGUGUGAGCACAAGAAGGGCGCAGUGUUUGGAGUGGAGCUCUCGGAGUUGUCACGAGACAGGCCAGAUGGAGUACCGUUUGUGGUAAUGCGCUGCACAUCUGAGAUUGAGAGUCGAGCUCUCUCUGUCCAGGGUGUGUAUCGUAUUAGUGGAGCCAAACCUCGCAUUCAAAAACUCUGCCAGGCUUUUGAGAUGCAAAAGGAGCAGGUGGACCUCUCUGAUCCCUCACCACAUGAUAUCACUUCUGUUCUUAAGCACUUCUUCAAGGAGCUUCCAGAGCCUUUACUGACCUUUGACCUGUACAAUGAUUUCAUCGCUGUGGGAAAGACCAUUCAGCACAUGAGUGACAGGGAAACAUCACCAGACCCUAACGAGAUAUCGCACAUUAUUCACAGUCUGCAAAAGCUAUUGCAAAGGCUUCCUUUAUAUUGCUUCAACACUUUGCUGCACAUUAUUUCUCACCUGCACAAAGUUUCAGAGAACUAUGAGAAUAAGAUGUCCCCUAGUAAUUUGGGUAUUGUAUUUGGGCCAACUUUGUUGCGCCCUCUAGUGUCAGUGGACAUGUCAAUGGUGGCCAUUUUGGAGACAAGCUACCAGGCUGUACUUGUUGAGUUCCUCAUAACACACCAUGACAAGAUUUUUGGCCUUGAGCAGAGAUCCAAUACUCCACCUCCCCCAGUCCCAACAGCACCUCUUCCAGAUACCCCUCCCAGAACUUCUUGUCCACUGGAUCGAGUACCUGAUGCUCAAUUAGAGCCUGAGAUGUCCUCCAGAGAGCAGCCACGCUCAGUAGAAAACCGAACUAUCAAGAGAGACUCAAGCGAGGGUUAUAUAUCUGACAAGUCUUCAUCCAAUGAAGCAGUGGACCAGCUCAGCCCUGAGACCAGUGAGAAAGCAGUCCUGGCUAUGAGAGCAGCAUCGGGUGAUCCUCGGGGCGAGUCAGUGCUGGAAUCUGCCUCUGAUUUAGGGAUCCAACCACACUAUCGCUUCACAAGACAACCUGUGAAGUAUCACCGGCAUCAUAAUGCAGAAAUUCGACUCUGUAACCCUGGUUGUGCAACAAAACAGCCAGCAGCUCCAACAAGUGUUUAUCAAGGGAGUGCAGACAGCAGCCGCAGCUCCUCUCCAGAGCUAGGGACACAAAGACUUUCCUCAAACUUUGAUGCCUGCUGUGAGAACAUUCAACAGCCCCAUCAGGUCACUGUUAACACAGAGAGUAAAGUGGAGGUCCCACUGAGCCCUCGCGAGGUUGUGCAGUACAUGCUGGGACUGGAUUCAACAUUUACAUCUGCAGGUGCAGCAUCCUCUACAGCACCACAGAAAUCUACUCACGAGGUGGCAACAAGGUGGCAAGCAGAUCAGAAUGUAAAUCUGAACAAUAACAGACAGAGCACUGGACAGAGUUAUCAUCUUUAUGCAUCAUCCAAGACAGUUCAUGUGGACCACAACCUGAGUUCUCCAGCCCAGAAGAUCCUGUCUGGUCUAAAGCUGAGACGCAGCCACUCGGGGAAGGAUGAACAGCUCUUUGUCUGAAUACAGAUAAAAAUUUGCAUUUAUGAACACUUGAGAACUGCAAUAAUCAUAACACUGCUUUUAUGUGAAACAACAGUUACUAUGUUUUUUUGUUUUGUUUUGUUUUGUUUUUUUUAAUGUCAAAUAUUUAAGGCACAAAUAUCUAUCUUCUGUCGUGCACAUUUUAAACUGUCAAAAGCAAAUGUUAAAAAAAGUAAAAUGCUUCAAAUUUAAAGCACACAAAGGUUUAGUCUUUAUACUUGAAUGCCACAAUUUUAACAGCACUUAAUCAUGUUCUUUGAUCUGCUGACCAUCCAACAGUAUAAUACUCAGACUAGGAGAGACGUGCUUGUAUGAAGCAGUUUCUAUGAAACAACCAGUUGGUUUGAAGUUGGAGUUAAGUGUUGCAAACUAGCAAAUAAGCACUGAGAUUUAGUUCUGUAACAAAAAAAUGUAGAAGACUUCUUUUUUUUCCAGUAAAAUUUGUUUUCUAUGUUC